AUGGAGAAGUCAAAAGAUGAUGAGGCAGUGAAGAAUUGGGAGAAGAAGAACAAGCCUAGUUCUUCACCAAAAGGAGUUGGAGAGUUUCUGAAAAAGAGGAAAGGAAGGUUCUAUAUUAUUGGGAAAUGUAUUACUAUGCUUCUUUGUUCCCACAAGUGA